AAUCCAUGGAUUAUCCUCCCAAAUUCAGCAAUGAGCCAACACCACCAGGUCCAACACCAGAGACACACAGACCUCCAUCUCCAGUGCCCAGUUGUGUGAAGAGUGAUAAAUCCAUGGAUUAUCCUCCCAAAUUCAGCAGUGAACCAACACCACCUGGUCUAACCCUCCUGGUUGAACAAAGAGGGCAACGUCAAAAGGAUGAGGAGGAUGAACAAGCUAGAGCUCAUGCAACUCUACAGAAAGCACUUGGGGAACACAAGAGCAGUAUGCAGAAGCGGUUUGGGUGCAUAUGCGAAGGACUAGAACAGAGAGGGAGGAAAACUCCACUCAACAAGAUCUACACCCAGCUCUACAUCACCGAAGGAGAAAGUGACGAUGUGAAUAAUGAGCAUGAAAUUAUACAGAUCGAUAAGCUGUCCCGGAACACACUUGACACUCCCAUCAACUGUAACAACAUUUUCAAGGCUUUACCUGGACAAGACAGACAUAUCAGGGCCGUGAUGACCAAGGGCAUUGCUGGCAUUGGAAAGACGGUGUCCGUGAAUAAGUUCAUUCUCGACUGGGCAGAGGGAGAAGCUAACGAUGAAGUCCACCUGCUGCUUUUCCUUCCUUUCAGAGAGCUGAACUUGCUCAAAGAUGACGAGUUCACUUUUCACAAUCUCCUGCUGAAGUUCUACCCAGAACUGGGAGCAGUGAGUGGGACAUGUUACCAUGACUUGCAGGUGGUGUUCAUCUUUGAUGGCAUAGAUGAAAGUAGACUUCCGUUGAACUUUCAGACCAACAAACCUGUGAGUAACAUCAUGGAGACCGCAACAGUGGACACACUGGUCACCAAUCUCAUCAAGGGAAACCUGCUCCGUAGCGCCCUCAUAUGGAUGACUUCACGCCCUGCAGCUGCUGGUCAAAUCCCCUGUGAGUAUGUUGACCGCAUCACAGAAGUGCGGGGAUUUGAAAAGCAGCAGAAGGAGGAAUACUUCAUGAAGAGAAUUGAUGAUCAGGAUCGAGCUCAGGAAAUCAUCAGUUACAUCAAGACCAAACGGAGCCUCUACAUCAUGUGCCAUAUCCCAGUUUUCUGUUACAUUGCAGCAACGGUCCUGCAGGAAAUGUUGGGUCAGUACGAUAGUGCAGAUAUACCUUCAACUCUUACAGAAAUGUACAUUUACUUUCUGAUCAUACAGCUGGAAAAGAAAAAACAAAAAUAUGAUGGCGUGAAACCAGAGAGAAAGAACAUCCUGGAGGCAAACCGGGAUGCCAUCUUAAAAUUGGCAGAGCUGGCUUUUAAAAAUCUCGAGAGGGGCACAAUCCUGUUUGACGAAGAUGAUCUGAAUGAGUGUGGCAUUAACUUGGAUGACGUGUCUGUGCAUUCCGGUUUCUGUACAGAAAUUCUGAGGGAAGAACAUAAGUUUGCUUUAAGGAAGUUCUACUGCUUUGUGCAUCUGAGCCUUCAGGAGUUCCUGGCUGCUUUAUUUGUUUUUGUCUCUUUCAUGAAUGAGGACAUGGCAGCACUGAAAACCUUCCUGAAGGCGAAACCCAAAAAGGUGUUCCUCUACCUCUUGCUGAAGAGUGCUGUAGAGAAGUCUCUGCAGAGCAAAAACGGACACUGGGAUCUUUUCUUGCGCUUCCUUCUGGGCAUCUCGCUCGAGUCCAGUCAGAAACUCCUUGGAGGCCUGCUGACACACCCGUUAACAAAGAACAGGGAGGAGAACUCCAAAAGCCUCAAAUUAAUCAUCAAACACUUAAAAGGCGUGGACGGAAAAAACAUCUCCCCUGAUCUCAUCAACCUCAUCAACUGCCUUUCUGAAAUGAAGGACUGCUCACUUCAGGAUGAACUGCAGUGUUUCAUCUCCUAUGAGAAACUACCAGAAACGGAGCUCUCACCAACCCACUGUUCUGCCUUAGCAGACGCCCUUCUGAAAUCAGCAGAUGUCUUGGACGAGUUUGACAUUGACAAAUACAACACCAUAGACGACGGAUGCCAGAGGCUUGUCCCAGUUGUGAAAUGGUGCAGAAAAGCCUGGCUUACAGAUUGCAAUCUGAAGAAGGAGUCUUGUGAUAUUGUGGCCUCAGUCUUGCAGUCAUCAACAUCCCACCUGAGAGAGCUGUACCUGGAUGGUAGCACCAUGCCAGGCUUGGGAAUGAAGGCCGUCUUUCACUCCCUUACCAAUCCCAGUUGCAUGCUGGAGAGACUAAGCCUCGUUUACUGUAAACGUGCACUCAACGGCAUAUUUGAACACCUGGGUUCCUCCCUUGAGUCGCUGAGACAAGACUCCCGGCUAGAGGUUCUGGAUCUGAGUUCCUGCACCUCUGUCUACACGGAGUCCAACGAGGACAACAUACAGAUCUUAACAGCAGGACUGAUGAAUCCUCACUGUAAAGUCAAGAGAUUGAGCCUGAGAAAGUGCAAUCUUUCUUCGAGUUACUGUGAGGAUUUGGCCUCCAUUCUCUGCUCCUCGGCCUCAAGCCUGAAGGAGCUGGACCUGAGAAACAACGACCUGCAGGACUCAGGAGUGGAGCUUCUCGCUUCUGGACUAAAGAGCCCACAAUGCACACUGGAGAUACUGAGACUGUCAGCCUCCAAGCUCACCGAGGCGUCCUGGAGGUGUUUGACGUCGGUCUUCCAGGGGGAACUGGACCUGAGUGAGAACAGGCUGCUGAUGUCAGAGCUGGAGCAGCUGUCGGCAGCACUGAGGAGUCCAGACUGCAGAGUGAACACACUCAGGCUGAAGCAGUGCUUUCUGAAGGAUGACCACUGUAGGGUUUUGGCUUCAGUCCUCAGUUCAGAUGGAUCCCAGCUGAAGGAGCUGGACCUGAGUGACAACGACCUGCAGGACUCAGGAGUGGAGCUGCUCUCCUCUGGACUACAGAGCUCACAAUGCACACUGGAGAUACUGAGGUUGUCUUUCUGUGGCGUGUCUGAGAAAGGCUGUGAGUUUCUGGCUUCUGCACUGAGUGCAAACCCCUCCUACCUGAGAGAGCUGGACCUGAGUUACAAUCACCCAGGAGAGGCUGGAGUCAAGCUGCUCUCUGACAGAAAAGACGACCCUGAUUGCAAACUGGACACACUCAAUGUCGAUCAUGAUGCAGAGUGUUGGAUGAAGUCGGGACUGAAGAAAUACGCCUGUGAGCUCACGCUGGAUCCCGACACAGCCAACUAUGGGAUUUCCAUCUCUGAGAACCAGCAGAAGUCAACCGUUUCCCAACAGGACUACCCCGACCACCCCGACAGGAUCAGGAGCUGUGAGCAAGUGCUGUGCGUGGAGCCGCUGACCGGACGCUGCUACUGGGAGGUCGAGUGGAAGGCCAACAUCGUCUACGUAGGAGCGGCGUACAGGAAACGAGGGAUGAAGGAGAGAGACUGUCGUCUGGGCCUCAACGACACGUCCUGGGGCCUACUGUGUCAGGAUUCAUCUAACCCGUUAUAUCGUCGCAGCUACACUGCCAGCCAUGACCGCAAGGCCUCCCCCAAAGUUUCCCUUACGUUCGACUGCAACAGAGUGGGCGUGUUUCUGGACAGGGAGGCUGGCACUCUGUCUUUCUACAGCGUCUCCUCUGACACACUCACCCACCUGCACACGUUCCACCAUGAAUUCACUGAGGACCUGUAUGCAGCGUUUGGCUUUGGUCUGUCUUUGACGGCACUUGUAACAGCUAAUGCGGGCUCCAUUUCCCUCUGUCGUGAUUGAGAUGUGUUUAACACAUUGCUGCCACCUACAGGCAAAGUCAAGAACAGCAGACAACAAACUACAAUGAGCAGUUUCACAAUCAGUAUUCCCAUACAAGCCUAUGUGUGGUACACAUAUUUUUAGGUGCACGUGUAAACUUUUUCCUUUAUAUUCCUAAAAAAAUAUUCCUCUUCUCUGUUUCCCUUUCAUCAACAUUGGAGACAUAAAUCAGAUCAAAACUGAUGUUGAAAAUGUCACUGUCUGCCAUAAUGUUUGUUGGCUAGUUUGCCAGUAUGUCUUGUUGAGGCCUUUUAUAAAUCAUAAUGAAUGGAAUGUUGGUGUAGUUUUAAUGGUUAAAAGGGGGUGGAAUGAUUACAAGCAGUUAAAAAGUCUUAAGUGGGGUUGUGCUGGGAUGUUGC